AGAAAUCGCUGUUUGACUCAAAAGCAGAGUGAAUUAUGAGUGAAAGGAUGGAGAAGAAGCAGAUCUGAAAGCCAAGGAAAUCUGCAAGCUAAGAGGCCCCGUUGAGGUUUCUGGUUAAACCUAGAAAGAGGAAAUAUAUCAAAUGCUUUGAGCCUUAUUUUUCUGGCUUCUGAAACAGUCAGAAAAUGCCGCGUCCUUGUUUUCACAAGCUUGUUCUUCCAUCCACCGUCCAAGCCGGUCAACUGAGGGUUCCAGAUUAUUUUUUGAGGAAAUUUGGGGGGGAGCUCUCUACAAUUGCUACCCUUAGUGUUCCUGAUGGCAGUGUCUGGCGUAUUUGUAUAAAAAAGGUAGACAACAACUUUUGGCUCCAUGAUGGGUGGAAGGAGUUUGUUCAACGUUACUCCAUUGGUGUUGGAUGCUUUUUGGUGUUCAGAUAUGAAGGGAAUUCAUCUUUCAAUGUUCAUAUUUUCAACUUGGCUGCUUCUGAGAUAAACUAUCAAUUAGCCAAUCGAAAUAGUGAUGAACGGCCUUACUUUUCCAACCAACAUAUUUUUGAGGAAAUGGAAGAUGAAGAUUCCAUAGAAUACUCGGAUUCAACACCUUCACAUUUAACCCCUGGUGCAUUUAAUAACAAGGUUAUUGCUGGAUCUGCAGAUCAAUUGACACCUGGCAAGAAUUAUACUCCUUCACCAUUGCAGAAUUUGUUUAAUGGGUCUAAACUUAAUAGCAUAAACUGGGGAGACACCAUAUCUUCAAAGGGUGCCAAUUCACAAAACAAUCAAUUGACCAGAGAUAAAGGUGUUCAGUUCAAUGCAGCUGAGUUUAAAAGGUCUACUGAAGAGUUGAAAUUGCGCGCUUCCAAUAAUGAAACGCAGAGAGUUAAAAAAACUGUAAGAAAAAGACGGAAAACUGAUCCUAAUGGUGAAGAAUCCUCUCCUCAUCAUGAAGAGGAGGUAGAAAUGCGUUUUAGAUUUUAUGAAAGUGCUUCUGCGAGAAAAAGAACUGUGACAGCAGAAGAAAGAGAAAGAGCUGUUAAUGCUGCAAAAGCAUAUGAACCGCCUAAUCCUUUUUGUAGAGUUGUCCUGCGGCCUUCCUACCUGUAUAGGGGAUGCAUAAUGUAUUUGCCUUCUUGCUUUGCAGAAAAGCAUCUGAAUGGGGUUUCAGGUUUCAUCAAACUCCAGAUUACUGAGGGGAGACAGUGGCCGGUUCGCUGUCUUUAUAGAGGGGGCAGAGCGAAGUUAAGCCAGGGCUGGUUCGAAUUCGCCCAGGAUAACAACCUUGGGGAAGGCGAUGUCUGUGUAUUUGAGCUGCUUAGAAUGAGGGAAGUGGUGCUGAAGGUUACUAUAUUCCAAGUCCUCGAAGAAGAUGUGGGAUUGUUGAACCCUCCCAUGCAGCAAAACCAAAGCAUGAGCCCAACCUCAAAAUUGUUGAACAGUCCCUUGCAGCAAGAUGUGAGCCCCAUUAAAAUGAUUAGAAAUUAGCAGCUUCAGAUCAAUUCCUGACGCCUCAAGUCAAGUGUAUUAUCAUGUACCUCUUGCUUCUGUGUGAUCAGUUUAUUACUCAUCUAAUUUCUUAAUGUGGAACUUAGAUGCUUUUUCCUUGUCCAUAUAAAUUUCAGAUUGACUUAAAAGUGGAACUAAGUUAAUGUAGUCUUGUUACAGAUAUACGUUUUUCCUUUUUUGGGACUCCCCCCCCCCCCCUCUUGCUAUGGCUUGUAAAUAGAUUGGUUAGUCUAGCUGCUGAUGGGAAACUUGAGUCUAAAGGAUGGUACUUGUGCUGUUUCACAUCAUUUUUUGCC